AUGGACUCAGUAGCGUCUUUUUCUUCUAGAUUUUCUCCAUUGGAUGAGUUUCCCACACCAGGGCUUGACGGGCAACCCCGUCCGGAUUACCGACCUUACCGCCCGACCGCGAAUGGUCCAACUAAGUCUCGAGUUAUCGACCCCGCAUAUCUUCCAGGCGGAGAAAAGUCCCUCUCCGGUAUCUCCAUUCGUUCGUUUCUCCUUGGCCAGGCUGCAGGCACCUGUGUCGUCCUCACCGUGUUACUUUACACAUUUUCCAAUCCAUUAUGGCGCGUUCCUUUCUUCGUCACAUCGUUGGCCCUAUUCCACUUUCUUGAAUACUAUAUCACUGCCCGUUAUAACAACUUGUUCGCAACGGUCACCGCUUUUCUCUUGACUCAAAACGGAGCCGCCUAUAAUAUCGCCCAUGGGUCUGCAGUUGCAGAGUGCCUGCUUGCUCAUCUAUUCCUCCCCGACGGCUAUUUUGAAUGGACGGCUGCGAUAUUUGGUGGCAUAAAAUAUCAGGUGUUGGUGGGACUGGUGUUGAUGGUAGUUGGCCAAAUUGUUCGGUCAUUGGCGAUGGCACAGGCAGGCGUUAGUUUCACUCAUACUAUUCAGCAUCAUCGCAGGGAGGAGCAUAGCUUGGUGAAGGAAGGGAUUUACAGCAUUUUCCGACAUCCAAGCUACUUCGGAUUCUUCUGGUGGGGUUUGGGGACGCAAUUGGUGUUGGGAAAUGCUGUAUGCUUUCUAGGUUAUGCCGCUGUGCUCUGGGAGUUCUUUUCUUCUCGGAUUCGAAGUACGUUUUCAUCCAUGAUUAUGGCUAGAGGAAAGAAUGCUGACUACUUGCCCGAUGUAGAGGAGGAGAUGCUAUUAAUCAAGUUCUUUGGUAAAGAAUACGUUGAGUAUCGAAGCAAAACCUGGGUUGGAAUUCCAGGCAUACGCUGA